ACCAAAAAAGGAACAGCCGCGUCCAUUCUCAAAGGCCGAUUGGAGAAAAUUGUUUUUCGUUCAUCACCCAUUGUAUGUGGAGUUCACUGUCCAGUCCACCUUUGCUCGAGAGUGUAGUCCGAUUGUGUGGGCGACUCGUGGAGACUAGUUCGGGUCGAAAAGGAGCAAUCCCUUGGCGAAGAUGCAUUCAUGUGGAUGAGUUAGAGGCCGAACACUUGAGCGGCUUCAAGAGAUUAUUCAAGAAGGCGAUUACUUGGCGGUCUUGUGGGGAUUUUUCAAACAAGGCUGUCAUUUGUAUGGACUUCCUUUGGGAGCUCCAUAACAAAACUCGACUUGCUCCAGGGACUCUCAAUCCCCUCCUGGCAGCUCAAACGAUCAACAACAACCUUCAAGCAUAUGAAAAGGCCUGGUAUUCGAAGUUGUCGCAGUCACAGGCUGCUUGCAAACUUGAAUGCUCCUCGGAUCAGCUUCAUUUCUAUUUGGAUGCUCCCAUCAAAUCCUCGGGCUCCCGGCCCGGCAUUGCUACAAUCAACACCAAGGGCCCUCUUGUUCAUGCUUGGACCUUCAAAGACUCUGCUCGAGACUCCUUUCAAGGCGAACUUUUUGCUGCAAGAAAAGCCAUUGAGUGUGCGCUAAGUCUCCAACCUUAGCCUUUCUGGAGACGCAAAGGAUCUGGUGGAUGAACUGAACUCAGAUGUCGGGGUUGCCACUACUACUUCUUUACCAGCUAUUCUACAUGCUUUGGAUCUUUUGUCUGUUUUUGAUUCUUGGCACAUUAGGUUUACUCCUAGAGAGAACAAUUUUAUUGCUCAUAACAUUGUUCAUUGGGAUGCCUGUAUGGAAAUCACCAGGCCUUUAAACAUCUCCAAGCUCCCACAAUCCCUUCUUGUUCGGGAAUCGGAGAUGGCUUAGGCCAAGUGUUUUCUCACUUUUAUUUCUAACUUUUCAGUAAUGG